AUGUUGAAUAAUGUUAAUCAAAGUAUUUAUAACUUUAAAGAGCUCGCUCGACAGCUAGAAGCAUGCGUACAAUGCAAUUCAACAGAUAUUGAAGUGAUGCGAGAAAUAUAUUCAGAAUGUAAAAGAAAUUUAAGUAAAUUAGAGAAAAUGACAUUGGAGGCAUUAGAAAAGGGGAAUUUAGGCUUAUUCGAAAAACUAGUCGAGGCAUCAACGCAAAUAAAUCAAUCACUUCAUACUUUUGAGGAUUAUGAAAAAAAUCCAAAAGAAAUGAGAAACAUAAGUAAUGAUCCAAGAAAUUUUAAAAGAAAAAAAAAUGGAGGACGAGAAAAAUUGUAUAAAGGUAUAGAUGAUGAUAAAGGGCAUUUAAAUAAAAGUAGAAGUGAAAGUAAAAGUAGAAGAAAAGAAAGUCACUCCAAAAAAAAGAAAAAAGAAAAAAAACGCAAAAAAAAAAAUGAUCGAAGUGAUGAUAAUAGUAAUAAAGAUAUAAACAUAAAUGAUAAUCAUUUUGUAAAAUCAGAUUCACCAGAUUCUUUAAAUAAAUAUUUAAAAAAUUUUAAUGGCACAAAUGGAAUUAAUGAUUAUGAUAAUAUUGAUGAUUAUUUAAUGGAGUUUAAUGAAAAAGAUAAAAAAAAAAAAAAAAAAAAAAACUACGCAAAAUCAAAAAAAUCCGAUUCUAAUAACAAUGACGAUGAAGAUUUUUUAAAUAAUAAUGAUUUAAAUUCUUUAAAUAGUUUUGAUGAUUCAAAUAAUGAAAAUAAAAAUAAAUCAAAUAAAUUAGAUAAGGGAUCUUCAAAAAAUUCAAUAGUUAUAGUUACUCAUAUUUAUGAUAUUAUAAAUGUGUCGUUAGAUUUAAAAAGUGUAAGUAUUUAUUUAACCCUAAAAUCCGCAGACAAAAAAAUUAACAUUAGAAAAAAAAGUAAAGGUUCAAAUGUAGAAAAUUGUUCUAUAAAUUUGUCAGAAUUUUUUGAAUAUAAUGUUCCACAUUAUAAAAACCUAUUUUUAAUUAUUGAUAUAAUAGAUAAUAGCACAAAUAAAGCAUAUUAUAAAUGUUUAAUAAAUUUAAAUAAGGAUAUUUUGAACAAAACUAAAUACUUAGUUCCAGCAGCAUAUUUAUUAACAAAAGUUACAGAAAAUUUCAAUCCUGAAAAUGAUUUAAAAAAUAGUAAAACUGUAUGCAUAGAAGCAAAUGAUCUAGCUUCGAGUAUAAAUGCUUCAAAAGAUAAUAAGAAUCUAAAAGAACCUAAUGAUUUUAAAUUGAUAGGUCCAACCAUUAAUAUAUAUCCCCCAAAAAAUAAUAAUUUAAAUAAUGAUAACAUAUUUAAUAAUUCUAAUAAUAAUUUGAACCCUAAUAAUAUCCCAAAUUUUACUAAUUUCAACUUUAAUAACAAACAUAUAAAUAAUAACAUGAAUAAUUUUAAUUUUGCAAGUCGAAAUUACUUAAACCGUAAUAUGAACAAAUUUAAUUAUAACAAUCCAAAAUAUAGAAAAAACAAUUUUAGUAACUUUGCUUUCCCCCCUAAUUUUGAUCCCAGACAUGGUCCCAAUAUGUUCAUGUCUGAACCAAAUUUUGUCAACCAAACUUUAAAUCCAAAUUUUAUUCAACCAAAUAUGCCAAACUCCAAUUUUAUUAACCCUAAUAAUAUUCCUCCUAAUAUUAAACAAAAUAUGCCUAUGAAUCCUGAUUUUGCCAAACCAAAUUUUUCUAACCCAAAUAUGAAUACUCACAAUUUUAUACCUCCAAAUUUCGCCUAUUCUAAUGGGCCUGAAACUAAUAUGAAUACCGCAUACAACUCUUUGAACGUUUCUAGUGAAUUUAAUGACGCUAAAAAUAUAAAUAAUAACAAAACAGAUGGUGAGAAAACAAGUGAUAAUUAUAACAACAUAAGUAAUUUAGUUAACAUAGAUAAUGUUGAAAGUAUUCGAAAUAAAAUAAUGAAAGGAACGGAUGAAAAUAAAAACAAAACAGAUAAUAAUAAAGAAGAAAAUGAACAAGAUGAUCAAGUAUUUUCAACUAAUAAUGCAUAUGUAAUAAUGAAUAUUUUUUUAAAAAAUAAAGACUUUGAUCAUGAAGCAGAACUAAUGAAAUAUAAUAAUUUGAAUUUGUAUAAACAAUUAUAUAAAUUAAGCAAUAAAGAGAAAAUAUUUUAUGAAUCUAAAAAUGUAGAAAAUGAGAAAAAAAUUGAGCAACUUGAUAAAGCUGUAAUGCUUUUAGAAAUAUAUAAUGAUAGUUAUGUAGAUGCUAAUGAUAAAUUAAAAAAUAUAAUAGAAUCUAAUAAAGAAAUAAUAGAUGUAAUUGAAAAAAUAGUAAAAAAAAAAAAUAGUAAAAUAGAAAAAUUAGAAAAAGAAAAUGAAAGAAUUCAUGAAGCAGAAAAAAUUAUUCAAGACAAUAAAAAAAAAAAUAAUUAUUUAUCAGAAAAAAUACAUAAACUUAAUAAUUUAUUUAAUGAAAAUACAUUGAAAUUAAAAGAUUCAAACCAAAUAAAUAAUAACCUAAAUACUAAAGUUAGUAGCCUAUUAUAUCAAUUGCAAAAUGCACAACUGAAAAAUGAAAAACUAUUGUUUUACUUAUCAUUUUUAUUAAAACAUAUGCAUAAAAAAAAUUUAACUAGUGCAGAAAAUUUCUUAAAUAUAAUGAAACUAAAAAAAAUGAAUUGGGAUAUCGAAAAUACAGCAAUAGAUUAUUAUGAUACCUUCAUGCAAGAUGUAACAGAUAAUUACAAUUUUAUAAAAAAUAACUCAAAUAUAAAUAAUAUGGCUAUAGAAAACUAUAUAGAAAACAAAAAGGGAGGAAACACAAAACAAAAAUUAUUGGGGGAAAUACUACAGUUCUACAAUAAUGAAGAAAAAAAAAAAAUUUCAAGCAUAAAGAAUGAUAUAAAUAACAAAAAUGAAAAUCAAAUUUGUAUUACUAACAAUAUGAGCAACAAUAGUAGUGAUGAAAAUGCUGCUUUGGAAUGUUAUGACAAUGAUGAGGAAGUAAAAUUAAGUAUUGAGAAUAAUAAAUUAAAGAAAAAAAAUCCACUACAAUCCGAAGAUGACGAAUUUUUAAUGGAUGAAUGUUUAAUGACUGAAUAUAAGAAGUUUGUAUCUACAACAGACCUUAAUAAAACGAAAGAAAAAAGUGGAAAAAAUAAAAAGGGAAUAUACAAUAAUAUAAAUAUUAAUGCUAGUUCAUAUGAUAAUGAUGAAUUCCAAUUUAAUGAUAUCACAAAUGAUGUAAAUGUUAUGCAAAAAGAAUCUGAAAAAAAAAAGAAAAAAGAGAAAAAAAAAAAAAAAAAUUAUAAUAGUUCUGAUGAAGAAUUAGAAAAAGCAUUUAAUAAUAAAUAUUUGAACAAAAUUAACAAAUCGAAACUUGAAAAUAAUAAUGAAUAUUCUGAUAAAUAUGGAUUUAAUACGAUAGGAAAUGAGGAUGGUAACGAUUCAAGUAAUACAAUUUCUUACAUAAAACAUGCUAAUGAAAAGAAAGAUAAGGAUAAAUCAAAAAAAAACAAAAAAAAUGAAAAACAUAAAAAUAAGCAUUUAAAAGAAAAAGAUAAUACAUCAUUUGAUAAAACAAUGGAUUAUACAUUUAAAGAAAACAAUCAUGAUGAUUUUAACAUGAAUAUUCAUAUGGAUAAUGAAAAAAGAAUGGAUUUUUUCGAAGAAGAUAAUUUUUCUGAAAAUAACCAAGAUGAAGAAACAAAUUUAAAAACGAAAAAAAAAAGUUCAAACAAAUAUAAAAAAAAUGAAUAUAAUAAUGAUGAAGAGAAUAUAGAUAAAAAAAAAAAGAAAAUGAUAAACAAUUUAUACGAGACACAAGGUACAAAAGGCAAAGACAAACAAAAUAUGUUUAGUGAUAGUUAUUUAGGGAAUGAUGAUAAGAAUAAAAGAAAUAAAAAAAAUAAAGAAAGUUUCUUUUCUAUAAAGGAAGGCGAAUUUGAAGAAUAUAGUGAUGGCAUAAAGGAAGAACAAAAUAAGGAUUUAAUUAAAAAAAAAAAAAAAAGCAAAUCGAAAAGUCCAUAUAAUAAUGAUGUUAAAAAAGAAUCUGAGGAGCAUAUAAAUGAUUUUAAUGAUUUUGAAAAAAAAUUCAACUAUUUUGUAAAAGCGUCUAGUAAUAUAAAAAAAGAUAUUUUAUCAAAUAAUAAUGAUGACGACAAAAUUAACUAUUUAAUGAAUUUAAAUAAAAAAGGCUAUUUUAGAACAAUGACAAAACUAAUAGACAUAUGUAAUGGAAAUGAAACAGAAAAUAUAUCAUAUUCAAAUAAUUUCUACAACAAUCAAUUAAAAUCGAAUUUUGUAACAGAAGAAGAAUUAAAUAAUCAUAGAAAAUAUUUGAAAACAUUUUAUAUAAAAAACACAAAGGGAUUAAUUUUUCAAAACUCAAUUGUUAAAGUUUAUGUAAAAUUAUAUUAUCACAAUAAUAAUUCUACUGAACAUAAUAAAACGUCCAAUACCAACAAUGAGAACCUUAAUGAUACUGAUAACAUUAUAAAAUUAAAUGACAAAAAAAAAGGUAAUAUAUAUAUGAAUAUUUAUAUAAAAUCUAUUUUAUAUAAUAUUAUAUAUGUCAAUGCGGAUUUCGAUGGAAAUAAAAUGGACAAUAUUAAAAUUAUAAGAAAGAAUUUGAAAAAAAAACCCAAUGAAGCAUCAGGAGAAAAUGAUUAUAUUAACUUAAAAAAAAAUGAAGUAUGCUUAUUAUAUACUCUUGGAUUUAAAAAAAAAAUACUAAAUACUUUACCAUUGAUUUUAAAUCUGAAAUGCUUAAAUAAUGACAACACAGCAAUUAAAUUAAAAAUAUCCUUACCAUUCCCUCACAUAUUUAUGCUUAGACCAAAUAGUGAAUGUUUAAACAUGUUUAUAAAUAAACAUUCAGAGAAAAUUAAAUGCCAUUACAAAUCUUAUUGCUAUCAUAUGAUGAAUCGAGAAACCUUUAAUCGUUUUAUUAAUACCAUCAAAUUAUAUAAAUCCUUUAGCAUUUUUCAUUUUGAUUCAUAUACUGUUUUACACAGUGCAUAUCCCGUUGAUGAAAAUAAAAUGGUACUUUUGUUAAUUUUUUGCGAAUUUUCUCAUAGAAACCAUGAUAUUCCGAAUGAUUUUACCAAGUUACAUUUUAUUUCUAUUUCAAAUAGUUUGAUUCAAUUUGGAGUUAAUUUGUUUAACCAAAUUAUGUAG